AUGGAGAGAAAGGUGGUCAGGAUGCUCAAGGGGGCUCUUUUACCGCACAUCAACAACUACGGUCUUAGUACCAAAUACGAAACUGGGGACGUGGAAGAAGAAGAUUUUGAACUCAUCGAAUCUGUCAUGUACACCCUGCAUAUCGAUGUUGGAGAACAGAACUCUUCGGAUCCCGCUCCGGUCGAGGAAACAAAACCAAUCACUCUAUUUGGUCCCAACACUGACGGCGACGCUGCUACCGGUGACCAUUCUGGCAACUCGGGCGACGAUUCUACUCCUCUCCCGACGACCCCAUCUAAGAUCUCAACCCUCUAUCCCUUCAGCAGAAGCACAGUCUACAUUCUGUUCUCCGACUCCACCCCACAGAAAAACAUUAAGUCAUCCUUCUAA